UUUUUUGGAUUUCCCCUUUUUUCUUCUUUCAUCACAGCGACACACUGCAGCGUCAGGACGCCAAAGCUGAAGAAUAACAGGUCUGCUGUCAGUGGAGCGCCUCUCUGCCGGAACACAGUGCGAGACGUGCGUCAUGCUGGACGGCAUAAAAAUCGAAGAUCAUCCCCUGCGAUCGGGACAGGCCACGCUGGGCGUCAUGCUCGGGACAGAAUGUCACCAUCCGGCUGUGUGCGAAGGAUGCCAGCGUCCCAUCUCCGACCGCUUCUUGAUGCGGGUCAACGAUUCGUCGUGGCAUGAAGAGUGUUUGCAGUGUACCGUGUGUCAACAGCCUCUCACCACCAGCUGUUACUUCAGAGAAAGGAAACUUUACUGCAAGCACGACUACCAACAGCUGUUUGCAACCAAGUGCAGCGGCUGCAUGGAGAAGAUCGCGCCCACGGAGUUUGUGAUGAGGGCUCUGGAGUGCGUCUACCACCUGAACUGCUUCUGCUGCUGUGUAUGCGAUCGGCAGCUGAGGAAAGGCGAUGAGUUUGUGCUGAAGGAAGGUCAGCUGCUGUGCAAGAUCGACUACGAGAGGGAGAAGGACUUACUCAGCUCUGUCAGCCCUGAUGACUCAGACUCAGAGAAAAGUGACGAUGAGGAGCUGGACAUCAAGCCAGAGAAAGGCAUUGGAGGCCAAGGGAAGGGAGAUGAAGGAAAAGAUCCCAGGAGGCCUAAAAGACCACGAACUAUCCUAACAACUCAGCAGAGGCGAGCCUUCAAGGCCUCAUUUGAGGUGUCUUCAAAACCCUGCAGAAAGGUGAGAGAGACGCUGGCAGCAGAGACAGGACUCAGUGUUCGGGUGGUUCAGGUGUGGUUCCAGAACCAGAGAGCUAAGAUGAAGAAGUUGGCACGAAGACAGCAGCAGCAACAAGAACAACAGAAUUCUCAGAGGCUUGGCCAAGAGGUAAUGUCCAAUCGUAUGGAAGGGAUGAUGAACUCCUUCACACCGCUGGCUCCACCGCAGCAGCAGCUGGUCGCUAUGGAUCAAAACGGUUACAGCACAGACCCAUUCCAGCAGGGGCUCACCCCACCACAGAUGCCCGGGGACCACAUGAACCCAUAUGGAAAUGACUCUGCAUUCCAUGACAUAGACAGCGACACGUCCUUAACCAGCCUCAGCGAUUGCUUCAUGGCAUCAUCCGAGGUCAACUCCAUGCAAGCCCGCGUGGGGAACCCCAUCGAUCGCCUCUACUCCAUGCAGAACUCUUAUUUCGCGUCAUGAAAGAGUGGAAACACAGCACAGAAUAAACUGGCCAUUUCAACCCAGUGGCUGACAUCCAGGAGUUCCUCCACGAACACGGACAUGAAAGAAGAAACAGCGCCUCGCCGUAGCUUCUGGUGAUGCGCGGAAGCUCGCUCAAAGAUAUAACCACUAGUUGUAGCACAGAAACAAUUCCUGGGGAAGAGAGUUAAAUAUUGUUAGAGAUCACUCAGUAGGGUUGUUUAUCUAUUACCGGAGCUAUUUUGUUCACGUAAAGGAAACGAGUAGAUACUGAAGCCACUGAUGACACAGUCUCAAACCAAAUAACAGCAAAUUUAUACAGUGCAUGAUCAAUUGUAAAGUAGAACUUUUUGUAAGCCCCCUGGUUAAGAUGUGGUGUUUGGACUGUUCCUUCUUUACACGACACGGAUUUCCAUGUUCACCGUUAGCAUUUUGAACACUUUGACUAGGUUUAGAUAUUGUGUUAAUAGUAAAUAGCUGCAGCAUGUCUGCAAGAGUGACUGUACAUUUGUGUAUGUAUGAGAGUUUGUGAUGAGGACAAAUUGUCUCGAAGGGAAAAGCGAGCAGAGAAAUUGGAGGACGCGUAGGAUCGGCGGUGUAAAUAUUUUCCCCAGGAAAAUUGGAUGUGCAUGUUAAAAAUGGAAAGCAUUUUAUUUAUUUAACUAUAACAGGCUCUUGAAGGUACAUAUUAAAACUGAAAAGCUUUAUUUAAAAAAGGAGAACUUUUUUGUUUCGUUGUUGAGCAGUUAGUGAGUUCAUGAGUAUCUCGACUCAUUUGUAUGCUGUUUAAAUAUGAAGAUUAGCCUUUCUGUUUAUUUUUUUUCUUCAGCCAAGCUGUAAAUGAGCAAUGUGCUAUUUAUUUCGUACAGACUAUAAACCUUUUUUUUUUGUUGUUAUCACGGUCAUAUUUGCAUCUUCAACAUGUUAAUGUUGCUAAUUGACCAAAGUCGACUGGUUUUGAUGAAUAAAUAAUGUCUUUCUCCUGAUAAUGUUAAAUAAAUGCCAUUCAGUGAUCGUUCAACAUUUCA